ACAGGUGAACAGGACAGGACAGAAAGCUUGAGACAUACAGCAGCUUAGUACAGACAGACAGUAAAUUUAACAGGCAGACAGUGAAAGCAGUGGGCAGAGGAGCAUUCUACAGACUAGCCGCCUCACUAAGAAGAUCAUGGUCACCCCCAGACAUUUUAUACUCACCUUGUUCCUCAUGGCACUCCUGGGACUACAUCCAGCUUUCCCAGUGUCCUGUACCUUGCAGUCAGAUAGCUCUCUUCUCAAAGCACCAACCAAUGACCUACCAGCAUGGGAGACUCACCAGACAAACAAUUGGCGUGCCCUGCCAUGUGCCCAACCUAUGCCCUACUCACUCCCCCCUUCCUCAGUACACAGUUUGAGGCCCUCAGAUAUAGCCAGUGUGUCUGCAAUCGGUCUCCCGCAAUCACAAAGGAGUGCAGUGUCCAGAGUGAUGAAGCAAUUAUCUGAGCUGAUGUCCAUGGUCAACCCAAAUUUGAUUAGCAUGUUGCCUGAUCAGACCAACACACAGCAAAGGAGUCUUUUGGAGCAGGUUAAUGAGCUGGUCCUCUCUUUUGCCUCUCAAAAGGUCAAGCAUUCUGACAGAGGCUGGGGGCUGGUCCUGCUGUUCGUCCCUGUGGAUGACCUCUGCGUCUGCUCUGAACAGACUAACGCAGUGGUGGGGGCAGCUAUGCAGCAGUUGGAGGUGACUCUGCAGACACUGCACAGUCAGUUGCGUCGCACCGUGGUCAGUGUUGUUGUGUGGGGAGGACAGUCGGAGGUCAAACUAUCUCUUGCGGACAGCAGAGAGUGCCGGUGCCAGGACACACACAGUCCAGGUGAACUCAGGAUUAUGAGGGCCAUUGUCAGCCAAGUCUUGCAGGAGUCUCUAGGCCGCCACCUAGUGGAGAAACAAUGGUACAGUGACCGGGAUGACUUCACUGUGGUGCUGCAGGCCUCGCCCCUUGAUACAGACAACCCCUCCAUUCUUGAAAUGAGGACUGCCUUUCCCGGACUCAGCCCAAAACACAUAUCCAAACUGGCAUUACAGCUGUGGGAAAACCUGCUUCAGCCAAUAAGUGGUCAGAGUGACUUGGAGCAUGAUGACGUCAUCACCAACAUUCCUUGCCCAAACGAGGAUCGACCCUUCUUGCGGACAGAGAGAAACUCCCCAUCCGUGUUCCUCACGGAGGACCGUCCUGCACACAGUUACCUCUAUGACCCUAUCAUGGGUGGUGAGCUCAACUGUGAGGAUCGAAGCCCCUCCCCCUCCCCUCCUACCUCUGUUCAUGCUCUCCGUCCUGCUGAUAUUAAAGUGGUGGCAGCUUUAGGUGAUUCUCUGACGGCUGCCAAUGGAGUUGGAGCUGCUCCCAACAACUUGUUGGAUGUCCUUCGUCAGUACAGGGGUCUGUCCUGGAGCAUUGGUGGAGAUGAGAACCUCACUACUAUUACAACACUUCCCAACGUCUUAAGGUCGUUUAAUCCCUCUUUAACUGGGUUCUCAGAAGGGAUUGGAAAAGAGGGCACCCCUAAAGCUUUCCUCAAUCUGGCUGUGGCAGGGGCAAUCAGCGACGACAUGCCUGGCCAGGCACGCCUUUUGGUGGACAUGAUGAAGACUGACCCGCGCAUCAACUUUGAGUCUGACUGGAAGGUGAUCACCCUGUUCAUAGGGGGAAAUGACCUGUGCAGCCACUGCAAAAACACAGUGUUUUACUCCGCAGAAAAUUUUGUGUACCGAAUCCGUCAAGCUCUGGACAUCUUACAUAACGAGGUGCCCCGUGCCCUGGUGAAUCUGGUGGAACCACUGCACAUCGUUCCUUUACGGCGGCUGCACCAAGAACGCAGUCUGAUGUGCCCCACCUGGCUGGUAAAUGUUCUGUGUAACUGUGUCAUCCCUCCUAAAGAAGGCUCCAAGCAGCUCCAGACAUUGAACGACCUUAACCGAGCCUAUCAGCGGGGAUUGUGGGAACUUGUCGAAUCGGGUCGCUAUGACACACACUCCAACUUCACAGUGGUUCUGCAGCCGUUCUUCAGAAACGUGGUGAUCCCUUUGCUGGAGGACGGUCGCCCUGAUCGCUCGUACUUCACCCCAGACUGUUUCCACCUCAGUCAGAAAUCCCAUUCCCUGAUGGCCCGUGCCCUUUGGAACAACAUGCUGGAGCCCCUGGGUAAUAAGUCCUACACACAAGACUUCAACUCAGUCCCUCAAUCCCUCAAAUGCCCUUCUAAGACCUCCCCAUUCCUGCGGACCUAUGAAAACAGCAACUACACAUAUCAGGGCCCUGUUCCUACUCCUCCACCAAUCACGAACUGGGGCAGUGACUUCUCCUGUGAGAACAAUGCCCCAUCCAAUCCUGCUCCCACCUCAGUUCACAGUUUACGACCGGCGGAUGUCAAAGUCGUGGCGGCUUUGGGAGACUCUACAACUGCAGGGGUGGGUGCAAAGGCGAAGAACAUCUUGCAGCUGAGCAAAGAGUACAGAGGAGUGUCGUGGAGCAUUGGAGGGGAAGGUGCCCUGGAGAAUGUCACAACUCUUCCCAACAUACUGAAGAAGUUCAACCCCUCUCUGCAUGGCUCCUCUGCUGGGCAGGGGUCAUGGCAGAAAGGCUACAAUAUGGCCACGCCCGGAGCCAAAGCCUCUGAAAUCCCAACCCAGAUUGAAAAUCUGAUUAAGGCAAUGAAGAAAGACAUGAAGGUAGAUUUUAAAAUGGACUGGAAGGUGGUGACUUUAUUCGUCGGGGUCACCGAUCUGUGUGAUUUCUGUGUUGAUCAGGACAACCUGUCCCCUAAGAACUACAGUCAUCACCUGAUGCAGAGUUUGGACCUGCUGUACAAGGAGGUGCCACGGGUGUUGGUUAACGUCCUGGAGGUGCUGCAGAUUGAGGGAGUGAGAAGAGUCAAGGAAGAUACGCUGGGCUGCUCCGUGCUCCAGGGGUAUAUGUGUCCAUGCAUCCUGUUGCCAGAGGAGAACUCCCCUGAGUUGACCGAGAUGAAGAGGGUCAACCGGGAGUACCAGACAGAAACAGAGUAUCUGGUCUCUACGGGGCGCUAUGACAAGCGUGAAGACUUCACUGUGGUCAUCCAGCCCUUCUUCCAAAAUCCCAUCAUCCCUUUAACAGAGGACGGGAGGCCUGACCAGAGCUAUUUCUCUGCGGACUGCUUCCACUUCAGCGAGAGAGCGCAUUCAGAGAUGGCCAUCGCUCUCUGGAACAACAUGCUGCAGCCGGUGGGCCAGAAGCAGGCAUACAACAACUUUACCCUUGACCGCAACAAGAUCCAAUGUCCAACUGAGGACAAACCCUUCAUCUUCACCAGGAUCAACAGCCUUCACAGCGUCCCCACCGCUGCCCCUACCUCUCUGGCCCCUCCCCCGAGCACAACGGCUGCCCCCGUCGCCACGACUACAGCCCACACGCCGCUCUGCUCCGAGUCCAUGCCGACGUGGGUAGCGCCGGUGCUCGGGGUGGCCGGCUUACUGAUUGGCUGGGGUGUCACAUGGCUCCUCUUCUCCUGCAGAGAACGAAGACAUAGGAAGAAAGCGGAGGAGAAUAUAGCCGAGAUGAAAGGAACUGAAUUCUAACAGGGAUGGUAGAAAGAUGACUGGUCUGAACAUGCAUACUGAUCACAGUGCGUACGUGUGCCAGUGAUGGACUUAUGCCACUGUGAGUCCAAACGUACAACCAAGACUGAGACAAACAGGGCAGGGACAAAGCGAAGACAAAGACUGAUACAGUAUAUUGACUGUGACCUGGCUUUAAAGAAUUGAUCUCGUCAUUAAGGUUCUGCCAAUACACGCCCUGUUUUGAGAACUGUUUAGUUUAAAUUGGAUUUAAUGCUGUAUGUUACAAUAAAUACAUUGAAAUCGUUAA